CACCCACUGGCCACACUCCUGACUCUACAUCAUAACACGCGAAGUGCAUCCCCCAGUUUCCGUUGUGAUAGGCUGGACUAUGUAGUACUGCUGUUUCCGCCUUCAGCACCAUCAACUGCAGUGUUCCCGACGUUGAAGAUCAUGGGCAUUCGUGAGCCGUGGGAGAUAAGAUAAGAUCCAGAACGGUCCAUACACUUCUACUCGUCCUCAACCUUGACGGGAACGCGAGCUGCAAAAGACAUGCAGCUGGAAUAUCCAGUAGACGUCUCUGCCAUGGAUGUCACGAACCAGCAGGCUCAACAGAUCAUGGAUCGGCACUGCGGGGGAUCGGCACCGGUGUCAUCGGUAGCGCUUCAUGCAAACAGCGGCUUCAGUGCCUUCACGCCCACUCAAACCUACCACAUCACGCUCUCCGACGAGACCCGCUAUACGCUCCGCGUCUCCCCACCGCCCGUGCCGGCGCGCGAGAGCUAUGCCCCGAACACGUUGACGCACGAGCAUGCCCUUCUGCAGCACCUCUCCUCCAACACCUCCCUCCCCAUGCCGAAAGCCUACGCGCUCGACACCUCGCUCACAAUUCUGCAGUUCCCGUAUUUCCUUCUGUCGCGCCCGCGUGGUAUUCCGCUCUCCCACGCACGCGCUAGAGGCCUGCUCAGCGAGCGCCAGGCCCUCCUGCUCGACCUCCGCCUCGGAGCGCUCCUUCAUGAGCAACACGAUGUGCAGAACGAUUGGUUCGGGACGCCUGCACAAGAGCGCGAGGGGCUCUACAGCUGGCAGGAGGCGUUCACGCUUCUCCUAGAGACCCUUAUCGAAGACGCUGUGGGCCUUGGGAUAUCGUUGGCGUACGAGCAGCUGCGGAAACCACUGGGGCGCGCGAUCGGGAGUUUCCUGUUCGACGAUUGCGAAGUGCCGUCACUCGUCUCGUUUGCGGGCGACGAGGAAACGAUCAUCGUGGAUGUCAGAGAAGAUGGGGACGAGGUGCCCGUCACGAGCUUCCUAACGGUCAGCCACGCGCUGUGGGGCGACCCCCUCCUGGAGGUGUUGUUCAUGGACCCGAGCAAGGCACUGGAGGAGGGGUAUGGCGGGUCGCUCAUCGUGUUUCGCAGGCAGAAGACGAAGAGACUCUGGUACACGGUCUUUCUCGCCCUCAUGGUCUUGGUCCAGGCGAAGCGCGAGGAGCAGGCUGGGGUAAGACGGGUGGAAAAUGACAAGGUGGAAUGGGCGAGGAGAACGGUUGAUCAGUGUAUAGAAGAACUGCAGAAUGCGCCGACGUACUGAUGUGCUUGCAUCUAACACGGAGAGAUUGGUGUACCCAUGAAAACUCGACAAGACCAUGGCUCGGA